AUGAGGGCAGAAUUCAUUAAAACGCCCGUCCUUAAUAAAUUGCAUCGGCAUAUCAGUAUUCUCAUUUGGAAGUCCUAUCUUCAAAGACAGCGUAGAUGGCGAGUUUUACUUGCGGAAGCGCUGUUUUCAGCUGUAUUAUUCCUAAUAGCGAUAUUCAUCGCGAAACCGGUAUUCCUUACCCCGCUGCAAGCUGUUCCUACUGCGCCACUCACAUCGUCUGAUAUCUUAGCGUCUCUGAAUAAGAAGAACCUACUAGGUUAUGCUCCUAAUAAUGAGCCAUUUAAUGAUAUUAUGAUUCAAGUCGCAGAGAGUCUGGGCGUUGAUAUAAUAAGCGCUCCGACCGAGGACGAUCUUAACAAUAUAUUGUAUAAUCGGUCUCAGGGAACCCCGAUCACUGAUCCGGUUAUUUGGAUCAUAUGGAAACCAAUGGUACAUAACAUGUGGAAAUUUAGCAUACGCAGCACCGAACGCGCCCGACAUGUGACGAAACCGGAAUAUUCUUCAAGUUAUCCACAUUUACGAACCGGACUAUUGGCAAUACAACUCGCAAUUAGCCAGGCUAUAUUAAUUCACACCAGUGCUUCAACGCCACAGUAUGAGCUAAGCAUGGCGUCGAUGCCGGUGUCGCCUUUGAUGCAGCAAGAACAAGUGCGGAGGGCGAUUUCAGCUAUUCUAUUGUGUUAUACUUUAGCUUUGCUCCCACCAGUGCUGGAGACUGAGUCAUUAGUAGUAUCAGAGACAAUUAGCAGGUUUAAACGAUCUCUUUGCAUUCGUGGUGUAGACUACUCCUCAAUGUACUUCGCCUGGUUUGUGUUUGCAUUAAUGACUGCGCUGCCUGUCUGUCUUUUGGGCAGUAUUGCUCUUAUCCUGAUAUUUCGUUGGAUCCAUCUACUUUUCGCCAUGACACUAGUUCUCGUUUAUGUGUCAGUCAUGAUCAUGCUAGCAUUGAUCAUGGCCAUGUUUCAUAAUAAACCUUGGAUUGCAUGUGUGUGGUCUACUCUAUUUACAUUACUACAAACGUUCCUCGCUGAAUUAAUAGUGCAUCACAAGAUCGAUUUAAAACACGAGGUCAUGACAUUCUUUUUACAUCUCAUCAUUCCGCCACUGGGUCUCAUGCAUGGACUCAAUGAAUUCGCUCUGUUGCAAACUAGACAGGAAGGAGAGUGGGAAGUAAAUCGCCUUCUGUUCACUAUAGUUUCUUGGUUAAUUAUGAUUGUAAUCUGUUUUGGAAUACUAAUGCUUUUGCAAAGAACAGUAAAACAACGCACUAUUGGAGGCCAAAUGUCAUGGAAAUCGAUAGUUUUUAGGAAAACUGAAGAUCUAAGUAAGCUACACCGAAUCGAAAAUCCUACGGGUAAUGAAAGAGAAAAAUUGCAAGAAGUGGAUGAACUCGUCGCUAAAGCUAUAAGCUUCCGAGGGGUAUCCAAGAGUUUCAUGGGUGGUCAGGUCUUAAGUGACAUCACACUGGAUAUAUAUAGAAACGAAUUUACCAUUCUGUAUUCUGAACCUAUUCAAUCCAAAAUGAUUACAACGAUUGAAGAUCUUUUAACUGGGCUUACAUACCCCGACAAAGGAUCCAUCAAUGUAUUAGGCGAGAUAUUGAAACCUGGUCGUAGUCUAAUGGCAGUACCCAAUAUGAUGGGUUACUGCCAUCGUAGUGGCUGUCUCGUCGAAGACCUUACAGUAGAAGAGCAUCUUACAUUAUAUUGUUUUCUGUGCCUAUGGAAUGAACCUACUAAAUAUGUAAUAGAAUAUUCUGAUAUUCGUAUCAAACGUCUUCUGUCUGAUUGUGACUUGGAAGGCGUAAGAUAUGAGUAUGUGCGGAAUUUGGACGCUUAUUACCAAGCGCUGCUCUGCUGGGCGAUCGCAAUAUUAUUAGAACCGAGGAUAAUUAUAAUACCUGUUUUGUUAACCGAUACAAUAUAUACUUCUGUUAUAAAGGACAAAAUUAUGCGUUAUAAAAAAUACCUCACAAUUGUAAAGUUGUGCUUCACGAGCAUUUCUGUCGAGUUCGCAGAUCGAGUUUUUAUAUUUGAUAACAGGGUGUUAGUCAGAGGUGGUACACCAGCUUACAUCUUUUUUAAAUAUGGUCGAGAGUACCGUGUUCGGUUAACCUUACGAAGUGCUGGAAGAUUAAAUGAGGAUAACGUAAACAAACUUCUUCAGAGGACAUCAGAAGCUGGUGCUACAAUAAGAGCUCAUUUAGGAUCUCUCCUCAUUUUGCGACUUCCAGCAAGUCCCACGGCUAAUGUCGCCGCAUUGAUAUCGGACCUAACAAAACAUUCUCACAAAUAUGGAAUCGUGUCUAUGAAUAUUAGCUUACCUGAUUCUGAAGAAGUGUGUAAUAGAGCCAUCUAUGAGUCCAGGGCCGCUGUGCACGGCACCGUUGAGGAACACGAAAUUACAAGAAACGCCCUGAAUAAUCUGUCUGAACCCAUACCAUGGAGAAGGAAAACAAGUUCAUUUGGCAAUUUAACUCAUUUAAGUUAUAUGGCAUGGAAAUUCAUCGAUUUUUACCGUCACUACAGAUUCUAUUUUAUUAUUACGGUCCUCUCAGCACUUGUUGCGGGCGUAUUUAUUGGACUUACCCUCGCAACUGUUUUAGUCGAGAUGGAAAGAGACAGAGCUACGAAAACAAUAUUACAUGGCGAGAUGUUAACUGUAGAGUCAUUGGAACUCAAAACCAAUUUAAUACUGCGGUCAGACAAUUCGAGCGAUGCAAAAUCUGUUGCCAACUCUUACGUUUUCUCUGAAACAAACGCAACUGAGAAACAAAUUGAAAAUAUGCAUUAUACAGCGCUUUUUUAUCCGGAGAGUCUUACUGAAUAUCUCGUUACUCGAGCGAUAGAUUCUCCUCAGCAAUACGUAUAUAUGUUUGCAUAUGGAUUAGAUGUUGCUUCCAAGAAUGAUACCCUUAAUGUUCAAGUUCUAUACAGUCCAAUGCACUACGAUCAGGGUGCAGCUGCUAGAUCUUUGGCUCGGGCGUUCAUGGCACUCAUACGACAUUACACAUUAACAUUAGAUGCGAGCAUAGAAGUCACUGACGACCCACUUGCUUUGGAUCUUUCGACUUGGUUAAAGACUGCUACAGCUCCUCCGAUAUUUAUACAAUUUCUACUCAUACUGACAAUAUCACAUAUAACUAUUUUACCUUCUAAAGAAAGCGGAUUUAUAAGACACAUGCAGGUUCAUGCAAUGAAUUUCUCUCCGGCUCGCUACUGGUGUACACUGUUCCUGUGUGAUUUUAUGCUAUACUGUUUUCUCGUCUUUUUAAUGACAGCUACAAUGAUUGUUAUCAUGGCCUUACUGGCACCAAUGACCUUUUAUUACAGUGAUUUGGUUGUGGUACCUCUUAUGUUAACGGUUUAUGGCAUCGGUUGUAUUCCGCAAGCGUAUUUAUUUAGCUUGGGACCUCAAGCUGCUCUCAACACUAUGACUUUUGUUAUACUAAAUCUUGUUUUUGGUGAAACAACCGUCAUAGCGAAAUUACUUUACGGCAACGCGCUCAACUAUGUCUUGAAUUUUAUGUCACUUUCCCCGCAAUUCAACAUGGCAUAUGCAUUUGUAAAAAUAAAGAAGAUAUUUCUUUACAACAGUGAAUGUAUCGUAUUUAAAAGGAAAAAUCUAUGUUCCUCUAAAACUUUGCAUAAAUGUUGUCCUAAAUGUGGUGUUUUACAACAAUGCUUUUCUAGAAGAUUUUAUCUAAAUAAGAAUAUGGGAGUUUUAAUGGAGAUGAUUGCUAUAUUAUGCACCACCGUCGUAUUCAUGGCAUUGUUGUUAUUAUGGGAAUAUAAAUACAUACAGCGAUUAUGGACGUUUUUAUUAAACAAGUGGGUAUAUCCAAAAAGACAGCUAUAUGAGGCAGAGACGCAAGGAGCAAUACGCGAGAGAGAAGAUGUUUUAAACAAGCAAAAUGAUCUUAAGAACAAGCAGCAAAAGAAGAUAAACACUUACGGUGAAUACCUCUUAGCAUGCAACGUUUCUAAGAAAAUAUACAGGAAGACCAAUAUUUCCAACGUUUAUUUCGGUCUAGGUAAAGGGGAAGCGCUAGCUAUUUCCGGUCUUUUAGAACAUGGCAGGCUGGAGCUAUGCGAAAUAUUAGCUGGAUAUAAGCUUCCAAAUGAGGGAGAUCUGUGGUGCUCAUCGAAAUGGACAUUAAGUAGAAAUCCUCAUAUGUACGCUCGCCAAGUGACUUUCAGUUGUGAUCACGAUCCUCUGCCAUUAUGGAUGACAGUAUAUCGUGCUUUGGAAAUGAUAACAGUGCUGCGUGGUGUGCCACAAGCUUAUGUGAAGGAUGAAGUCAUGAAUUACAUCGAUGCGCUUGAACUUCACCAACAUGUCAAUACGCGUAUCCGCUAUCUUCCGUCAAAUGAACGCUCUCGUCUUAAAUUCGCUGCAGCUGUUGUCGGAGCCCCACCUGUCGUUAUACUGGACGAAUGCACAGCAUACCAAAAGUAUUCUGUGACGAGGGCUAUGUAUUAUAUAUUGUACAAUUUAAGAAAACGAGGCCAUGCAAUUGUUAUAAGUUCCAGCAGAGUAGAGAGCCACCUACCAGUUACUAGUCGUCUAGCUAUUUUGGUAGAUGGUCACAUCUACGACAUUGACGAAGUCGAUAUGCUAGUUGAACGGUACAGUGAUAAAGGCUUUACGGUGGUACUCCAUCUUAAAGAUGAAGUAAAUGUCAAGAUGAUAUUUUCAAGACAUUUCAAGAGUUUUGUCAUAAAUGACAUAUCCGAGGUAUUAGUGAAUGUUCAAGUUUUAGAUCCAGAUUUAACUUGGGCGAGUAUUUUUGAAAAAAUGGAAGCACUCAAAGUUGAAAAUAGACACGUUUACUCGUACAUAGUGUCGGCCAUACCCAUAGACUAUAUUUAUAAUACUAUAUUAAGUCAUAAAACCGGACACAAAUAUGACGAUGCACCAAAAAAUCGCUGUUACAAAUAUCUUUUUCCUUAUAAGCCAAUGGUUAAACCAUCAAAUGAAAAACUAGCCCAGCUGAUACCCUUUGAAAGGAGAUUUAAUAUUACUAAGUUAAAAGAACUGCCAUGGUCAGUGAUUUUCAAUAGGUAAUUUUUUUGUUGCUAAUGUAACAGAGGUUAGGCAGAAAUUAUUUUAUUAUAUAAUAUAGUCAAC